CCAUGCCGUUUUCGGGACUUCCACUUCGAGGGUCUGUCGUUUUUUGUUGGGCACUCGAGAACUGAAGAAGCACUGGGAUCAGAUUAUCAGUACAUUUCAAUAAUAUCAAAAGCCAAGUGGAAGAGAAUCAUAAGCGUCGACCCGUUGCUGGACGAAAUGCUUCUCUGGGGAAGCAUGUCGACGAAGAUGAGCUUCGCUUCAUCUACUCCCGCUGUUUUCAUUGCGAAGAUACCCGACAGGAGGAGUUACAGUACGAGGAUGGUCAAUUGCAGCGCCGCCGGAGCCGACGGCGGACGCGGCGGCGGAGUGACCGUGGGAGACGAGGUGUUCUCUGUCACUACGUCGUCGAAGUACGUCGAUUAUCUGGGUCAGAGUACCAAGGGUGAUUUGAACCUCAGUCUAGAUUCUCUUCAGUCUUUUGGAAUUGAUGGGCAAGCUACUUUGAAGGGUCCAAUCGAGGAGGUUGCUAGGACAGAAGCUCAAGCGGCUGAAAAUCUGAUUAGAGACCUGGGUAUCCCAGGUCCUUUUUCGGCAAGACACUCGCCUCGUGGUAUAUUCUGUAGUCGUACAUUGAAUCUCCGGUCCAUUAGUGCGAUUGGAUAUGACAUGGAUUACACCUUGAUGCAUUACAAUGUCAUGGCUUGGGAAGGGAGGGCUUACGACUACUGCAUGGAUAAUUUAAGGAAUAUGGGGUUCCGAGUUGAUGGGCUGGCUUUCGACCCUGACUUGGUUAUCAGGGGUCUCGUGAUCGACAAAGAGAAGGGUAAUUUGGUCAAGGCCGAUAGAUUUGGCUACGUCAAGAGGGCCAUGCACGGGACAAAUAUGUUAUCGAAUAGAGCUGUCAGUGAGAUAUACGGGAGAGAACUAGUUGACUUGCGCAACCAAAGCCGUUGGGAGUUUCUCAACACGUUUUUCUCAGUCUCAGAGGGUGUGGCUUACAUGCAGAUGGUUGAUAGAUUCGAUGAAGGAGCCAUUUCAGCGGAUCUCGGUCCUCUUGACUAUAAAGGGCUCUACAAGGCUGUUGGAAAAGCACUCUUCAGAGCACAUGUUGAAGGACAGCUUAAGCACGAGAUAAUGUCCAGUCCUGAAUUAUUUGUGGAACCAGACCCAGAACUACCUUUAGCUCUUUUGGAUCAAAAGGAGGCUGGUAAAAGGCUAUUGCUUAUUACAAACUCGGAUUACCAGUACACAGACAAAAUGAUGAAGCAUUCGUUUAAUAGAUACCUUCCCAAUGACAUGGGCUGGCGGGAUCUUUUUGACAUGGUUAUAGUUUCUGCUAGGAAGCCGGAGUUCUUUCAGAUGUCACACCCUUUGUACGAAGUGAUGACGGGUGAGGGAUUAAUGCGUCCAUGCUUCAAGGCGGAAACAGGAGGCGUUUACUCGGGAGGAAGUGCUCAGAUGGUGGAGAGCUCACUCAACGUCCAUGGAGACGAGAUUUUGUAUGUCGGUGACCACAUCUACACUGAUGUCAGUGUAUCCAAAGUCCAUCUCAGGUGGCGAACUGCACUGAUUUGCCGUGAAUUGGAACACGAGUAUAAGGCUCUAAUUGGUAGUCAUGGACAUCGAGCUCGUCUAAUAGAGCUUAUAAAUAAAAAAGAGGUUGUCGGAGAUCUCUUUAAUCAGCUCCGGCUUGCUCAUCAAAGACGCAGCCAAGGUCGUCCUGCUCAGACCCGGGCUGCUACCAAGUUGGAUGACAAAGAACUAACGGAGACGAUGCAGAAGCUUCUCAUUGUAAUGCAAAGACUGGACGAAAAAAUCGGUCCGAUGUUGGAAUCAGACGGUGAGCUCUUCAACAAAAGGUGGGGCUUCCUCUCGCGUGCGGGUUUUUGGGAUAAAAGCCAUUUGAUGAGACAGAUCGAAAAGUAUGCCGAUAUAUACACCUCAAGAGUCUCCAACUUCCUCAACUACACACCCUUUAUGUAUUUCCGGUCGCAGGAACAGUCACUGGCUCAUGAUUCUGAUUCCCCGCUUCACGAUUCAGCCAUGGAGAACUAGUUUUUUUGCCCCCGGAGUCGGAGCAGUGUGGUGUUUGUAAUGGUGGCUGAUGGUAAGUGUGGAUAUGCCAGAACAGUUAUGUAUUCCCAUACUCGGAAGAGUUUCAUUUUGUAUGAAUAUCCCGUUGAAUGAGAUAAGCCAUGGCAUGUUGAGGUCUC